CAUGGGCUAUUUCGAGCUGCAGCUGAGCGCGCUGCGGAACGUGAACGGGGAGCUGCUGAACGGCGCCUGCUGUGACGGCGACGGCCGGACGACGCGCGCGGGGAGCUGCGGCCACGACGAGUGCGACACGUACGUGCGCGUGUGCCUGAAGGAGUACCAGGCCAAGGUGACGCCCACGGGGCCCUGCAGCUACGGCCACGGCGCCACGCCCGUGCUGGGCGGCAACUCCUUCUACCUGCCCCCAGCGGGGGACCGGGCGCGGGCGCGGGCCAGAGCCGGCGGCGACCGCGACCCGGGCCUCGUUGUCAUCCCCUUCCAGUUCGCCUGGCCGCGCUCCUUCACCCUCAUUGUGGAGGCCUGGGACUGGGACAAUGACACCAACCCGGAUGAGGAGCUGCUGAUUGAGCGGGUGUCACACGCGGGCAUGAUCAACCCUGAGGACCGCUGGAAGAGCCUGCACUUCAGCGGCCACGUGGCCCACCUGGAGCUGCAGAUUCGGGUCCGCUGUGAUGAGAACUACUACAGUGCCACCUGCAACAAGUUCUGUCGGCCCCGCAAUGACUUCUUUGGUCAUUAUACCUGCGACCAGUAUGGCAACAAGGCCUGCAUGGAUGGAUGGAUGGGCAAGGAGUGUGAGGAAGCUGUGUGCAGGCAAGGAUGCAACCUGCUCCACGGGGGAUGUAGCCUGCCGGGGGAGUGCAGGUGCAACUACGGCUGGCAGGGUAAGUUCUGCGAUGACUGUGUGCCCUACCCCGGCUGCGUGCACGGCAGCUGUGUGGAACCCUGGCAGUGCACCUGUGAGACCAACUGGGGCGGCCUGCUCUGUGACAAAGAUCUCAACUACUGCGGCAGCCACCACCCCUGCACCAACGGAGGCACCUGUAUCAACGUGGAGCCGGACCAGUACCACUGCGCCUGCCCUGAUGGGUACUCCGGCAAGAACUGCGAGCGCACUGAGCAUGCCUGUGCCUCCAACCCCUGUGCCAAUGGGGGCUCUUGCCAUGAGGUGCCGUCCGGCUUCGAGUGCCAUUGCCCCUCGGGCUGGAGCGGGCCCACCUGUGCACUGGAUAUUGACGAGUGCGCCUCGAACCCAUGUGCGGCUGGCGGCACCUGCGUGGACCGGGUCAACGGCUUCGAGUGCAUCUGUCCUGAGCAGUGGGUGGGGACCACGUGCCAGCUGGACGCCAAUGAGUGUGAAGGAAAGCCGUGCCUUAAUGCUUUUUCUUGCAAAAACCUGAUUGGUGGCUAUUACUGUGAUUGCAUCCCGGGCUGGAAGGGCGCCAACUGCCACAUCAACAUCAACGAUUGUCGUGGGCAGUGUCAGCAUGGUGGAACCUGCAAGGACCUAGUGAGCGGGUACCAGUGCAUGUGCCCUCGGGGCUUUGGCGGUCGGCACUGUGAGCUGGAACACGAUGAGUGUGCUAGCGGCCCAUGUCAUGGUGGUGGCCUCUGUGAGGACCUGGUGGAUGGCUUCCGCUGCCACUGCCCCAAGGGCCUCUCUGGGCGCCUCUGCGAGGUGGACAUAGACCUGUGUGAUCCCAGCCCCUGCCAGAACAGCGCCCGUUGCUACAGCCUGGAGGGUGACUAUUACUGCGCCUGUCCUGAUGACUUUGGUGGCAAGAACUGCUCUGCCCCCAGGGAGCCGUGCCCCGGUGGGGCCUGCCGAGUGGUCGACGGCUGUGGGUUGGAGGCAGGACCCCGGGUGCCUGGCACUGUGCCCUCCGGUGUGUGUGGCCCCCACGGGCACUGUGUCAGCCAGCCUGAUGGCAACUUCUCCUGCAUCUGUGACAGCGGUUUCACAGGCACCUACUGCCACGAGAACAUCGAUGACUGUCUGGGCCGGCCCUGCCGCAAUGGGGGCACAUGCAUUGAUGAGGUGGAUGCCUUCCGCUGUUUCUGCCCCAGUGGCUGGGAGGGCGAGCUCUGUGACACCAAUCUCAACGACUGCCUUCCUGACCCCUGCCACAGCCGUGGCCGCUGCUACGACCUGGUCAAUGAUUUCUACUGUGCUUGUGAUGACGGCUGGAAGGGCAAGACCUGCCACUCACGUGAGUUCCAAUGUGAUGCCUACACCUGCAGCAACGGGGGCACCUGCUAUGACAGUGGUGACACCUUCCGCUGUGCCUGUCCCCAAGGCUGGAAGGGUAGCACCUGCAACAUUGCUGAAAACAGCAGCUGCCUUCCUAACCCCUGCGUGAAUGGCGGCACCUGUGUGGGCAGCGGGGACUCCUUCUCCUGCAUCUGCCGGGAUGGCUGGGAGGGCCGGACCUGCACGCACAACACCAAUGACUGCAACCCACUGCCUUGCUACAACGGCGGCAUCUGCGUUGAUGGCAUCAACUGGUUCCGCUGCGAGUGUGCACCAGGCUUUGCGGGGCCUGAUUGCCGUAUCAAUAUCGAUGAGUGCCAGUCCUCGCCCUGCGCCUACGGGGCCACUUGUGUGGAUGAGAUCAAUGGCUACCGCUGCAGCUGCCCACCCGGCCGGUCCGGCCUGCGGUGCCAGGAAGUGAUCGGGUUCGGGCGGUCCUGCUGGUCCCGGGGCACACCCUUCCCUCAUGGGAGCUCCUGGCUGGAGGACUGUAACAGCUGCCGCUGCCUGGACGGCCACCGGGACUGCAGCAAGGUGUGGUGUGGGUGGAAGCCCUGCCUGUUGGCCAGCCAGCCCGAUACACUGAGUGCCCAGUGCCCACCAGGGCAGCAGUGCCAGAAGGCCCCAGGCCAGUGCCUACAGCCACCCUGCGCGGCCUGGGGGGAGUGUGGCACUGAGGAGCCCCUCUCACCCAGCACGCUCUGCCUGCCGCGCUCUGGCCACCUGGACAACAACUGCGCCCGCCUCACGCUUCACUUCGACCACAACCAGGUGCCCCAGGGUACCACUGUGGGUGCCAUCUGUGCCGGGAUCCGCUCGCUGCCAGCCACCAGAGCCGUGGCCCGGGACCGCCUGCUGGUGCUGCUGUGUGAGCGGGAGUCCUCGGGGUCCAGCGCCGUGGAGGUGGCUAUGUCCUUCAGCCCAGCUCGGGACCUGGCCGACAGCAGCCUGAUCCAGAGCGCAGCCCACGCCAUUGUGGCUGCCAUCACGCAUCGGGGGAACAGCUCGCUGCUGCUGGCCGUCACUGAGGUCAAGGUGGAGACAGCUAUUGUGGGCGGCUCCUCCACAGACCUGCUGGUGCCUGUGCUGUGCAGUGUGUUCAGUGUGCUGUGGCUGGCCUGCAUCACCAUCUGUGUGUGGUGGACCCGAAAGCGCAGGAAAGAGCGGGAGAGGAGCCGCCUACCGCGCGAGGAGAGCUCCAACAACCAGUGGGCGCCACUCAACCCCAUCCGCAACCCUAUCGAGCGGCCGGGCAGUGGGGGCCUGGGUGGCGGUGGGGGCCACAAGGACGUGCUUUACCAGUGCAAGAACUUCACGCCACCGUCGCGCAGGGCAGGUGAGGCGCUGCCCGGGCCAGCAGGCCGUGGGGGCGGUGAGGACGAGGAGGAUGAGGAGCUGGGCCGAGGCGAGGAGGACUCCCUGGAGGCAGAGAAGUUCCUUUCACACAAAUGCACCAAAGACCCAGGCCAAGCGCCAGGGCGGCCAGUGCUCUGGGCCUCGGGCCCCAAAGUGGACAACCGCGCAGUCAGGAGCAUCAAUGAUACCCGCUUCGCCAACAAGGAGUAGGGCCACCACUGCCACCAGGCGCCGUGGAGGCGAGGCUGUGCGCAUAGCGUCUUUAUUUUGUGUAAAAAAAAAAAAAAAAAAAGCAAAAAACAAAUGUUUAUUUUCUACGUUUCUUUAACCUUGUAUAAAUUAUUCGUAAUGGUCGGGUGGCAAGCAACGGAGUAUUCUCGGAGAGUUGCUAUUUUUGUAAAGUUCCCCUGUGUUGCCCUCACUGGGUGGCAGCACAGGGGGGGCGGCUGUGUUCUCACCAAAUCGUAUAACGUUUGCUACCAGAGGUUGUACACUGUUUACAGAAUCUUCCUUUUUAUUCCUCAGUUGGGUUUCUCAGUGGCUCCAGGCUAAAAGGCCAGUGCGGCCCAUGGCAGUUGACCAGGUCCGCGGCUGUCAGUGAGGCCUGUGGCAGCCGGUGAGGUCCGUGGCCAUCAGUGGCCCUGUGGCGGUUGGCGGGACCCAUGGCAGUCGUCAGUGGUCCCGUGGCAGUUGGUGGUCCUGUGGCGGUCCAUGGCCCUGUGGCGGUUGGCGGGACCCAUGGCAGUCGGUCAGUGGUCCCGUGGCAGUUGGUGGUCCUGUGGUGGGCCAUGGCCCUGUGGCGGUUGGCGGGACCCAUGGCAGUCGGUCAGUGGUCCCGCGGCAGUUGGUGGUCCUGUGGCGGUCCAUGGCACUGUGGCGGUCAGUGCGGCCGCCUCUCCGGCCAGAGCCCUGGAGCCUGCUGCUGUGGCUUCCUCCUCCAGGCACGCUGGCUCCAGAGGCCCCUCAACUGUGCUUCCAGAAGUGCCCUUCCUGCUGCUCUGUCCCCUGCGGGGCAGCGGCAGUACUGAAGCUCCUGACAAGUGCCUUCACACAGACUCUCCCUUGCGACUGUCAGCGUCUGCCGCGGGCACCAGGCCGCUGCCCACCUGCCGGCCCCCGGCCACCCCUCUUCGUGAAAGUGCAUUUUUGUAAAUAUGUACAUAUUAAAUGAAUCACUCUGUAUAUUUGAUUUAAUAACUUAAAUGU